ACCAAUCUUAUCCCAGGAAUAUCAUACUUCGUAUAUAAAUAUGCAGGACAUCUGACGGCUCCACCUUCCUCUUCUUUCUCUCUUCAUUCUUCAAUAUACUCCGUAUAUUUCAUGCAAACCUAUAAAAAUUCAAAAAACCCUUGGAAAAAAUGAAGCCAUCAAAGAUAUUAUUGUCAUUUUCUACAAUUGUUCUCUUAUGUGCCUUACUCUUCACCACGUAUUUUCGUUCUAAAAGCGAAAAUGGGUAUGGUUCUAAAUUAUGGGAGUUAGAUGUUCUACCCAUAGAAGGCGCUUUUGGGCCAGAAAGUCUCACGUUUGACCCUGCCGGAGAUGGGCCGUAUGCUGGCGUAUCCGAUGGCCGGAUUAUAAAGUGGGUCCCGCAUCAACGACGCUGGGUGGACUUUGCCUUCACUUCUCCUCUUAGGGAAGUUUGUAAAAACCAAACGGAUCAUGAAAAAAUGGAGCAUAAAUGUGGAAGGCCAUUGGGCCUACGGUUCAAUGAGAAGACAGGGGACCUUUUCAUAGCCGAUGCAUACUUGGGCUUGCUAGUUGUUGGCCCAAAUGGUGGGCUUGCCAAUAGUGUUGCAACAGAGGUUGAAGGUGUACCUCUUGGAUUCACUAAUGGGCUGGAUAUUGAUCAACAGACUGGAGUUGUUUACUUUACUUGUAGCAGUACCCGUUAUACAAGAAGGAAAUAUAUGUCAUUGAUCCUUAGCAAUGAUAAAACAGGAAGAUUACUAAAAUACAACCCUGAAACAAAACAAGUAACGAAGCUUCUCGAAAACCUGACCUUCCCAAAUGGAGUAUCCUUGAACAAAGAUGGGAAAUUUCUUCUACUAAUCGAGACAACUACUUGUAAACUUCUAAGGUAUUGGCUCGAAAACACCUCGAAAGCCGGAAUAACUGAAGUGUUAGCUGAAUUCCCAGGAUAUCCAGAUAACAUAAACAGGAACUCGAAAGGAGAAUAUUGGGUUGGGAUUUAUUCAAAGAGAAGCACAUUUUUGAAGUGGCUUCUUUCGUUUCCUUGGAUUGGACAAACCAUUGUUAAACUCCCGUUUAAUGUUGUCGAAUUGGCUAAGGUUUUUGUUAGAUUAAGAGCGAUUGGGUUGGCCGCGAAGUUGGAUGAACAUGGUAAUGUAGUGCAACUAUUGGAAGAUACAAGUGGUAAGUUGAAAUUUGUAAGUGAAGUGGUGGAGAAUGAUGGGAACUUGUGGUUUGGCUCUGUUAUUUUGCCCUUUGCUAGUUUGUACAAGGAUUUUGAUUCACAAAGUUUAAAUUAAAUUGUGAGUUUAUCUUUUGAUAAA